AUGUCGCUUUCCAUUUUCGUUCAGCUUCAACCAUGCCAAGACAAGACUCAAUCUCGUGAGCACAAACCACCCCCAGGAAAAUGGUCAGUCUUGGGGAGUCUUGGAGGGUCUUGGACCAGCACUUGGUAUCAUCGUCUGCUCGUAAAAGUCGCCAGUCUCAGUCAGGAGGACGACAUAUCAACCCCGAACUCCGUUCCCGUUCGCGGGCCAUGUUUCCGCCCGAAUCUAUCCGCUACCCGAGAUCAGCUGCUCCAUUCACAAGUGCUUCCUCUUGAACCCUCAACCACUGAUGAUCCUACGGGGCAUCAAAUAGAUGGUUGGGCUUGGCUCCUCCCCCUUCGGCUUCGGAUGCGGGGGGUUGGUGGUUGGGCGGAGGAUGCUACUGCACGAAAUAAUUUAACAAACAUGCAGGUCAUGGUCUUGAAGGCCUCAACAUCGAGCCACUUUUGGGGGUGGAAGAGUCAAGUAUAG